AUGAAUUUAAUUGAUGUAACUGCUACAAUUACAUUUAGGACUAAAAUUGCCAUCCCUUCUAAUUCAUUAUCACGAUGUUAUCGCAUUCCAUCAAUACUGCAAGUCAAGGCACCACCCCCAUCCAUUACCCAGAGGAAAUUGAAGUAUCACCGUGUGGCACCUCCUCCACCUGUUACCACUUCAUCACAGAAGGCCACUUCGUCACAGGCCCAUAACACUCUAACACCACGACCUAGCCGUCCUGCACCGCCUCCCCCUAACACUAAACCACUAAAAAGUUAUCACCGUGCUGCCCCACCUCCACCAAUGUACGCCUCACCACUCAAAAAAGACUCAAGAAAGAAAUCACAUUGUACAACGACAUCACCAAAACCUAACCGACCCGCACCUCCACCCCCGGUUACCGUACCGCCGCGUUAUCACCGCGCUGCACCACCUCCACCUGUCACCGCACCUCCAAGACGCCGUCGUUACCGUAAUGCGCCGACCCUUUCCGUUACCGCGCAAUCAUUACGACACCAUGGUAGUAACAAUACACCGCCGCCAACGUAUCACAGAACUCCAGCACCUGGAGUAAAAAAACAACGCCGUAGUCGUAUUACACCAUCAAGGUUUUUGAAUACAAAACGCGCAUGCAUCACUACCGCAUCAUCAUCUAAUAGCACGGUUACACUACCACCUUCGCACAAUAACCACCCACUCAGCACACAACGUUAUAAAUGCUCUAUACCACGCCCAAAGAUUGCUACUACCGUUUCACCUUCUAACGCUUCUUGUAUACGACAUCGUGUAAUGAUCCAUCACAGUGAUGAAACACAAUCAACGCAACAAAGUCAUAUAUAUAUAGCACAGGACCAUCAAUACACCAGUGCUAAGCCACCUCUCUCAAUUCCGGUACGAAAAGUAAAUAAGAAGUUUAAUAAGAAAUAA